AGCAAUAUAUAUAUAUACUCGGUAUAAAAUGAAAUUUAAUUUGAUGAUCCGACAUUCGUAUCUCUUAUAAAUUUAAAUUAUUAACAAAAUUAUUUUCGUCUGCUUUAAUUCACAUUCCCCUCUACAUAUUUCCCGACUGUAAUCAUUCAUAACGACCACAAUUCCUUCCUUUUUCCAUAAUAAUUAGUUAUUAUUAUUUCUGUACAUUUUCCGGCGACUGCGACUCCAUACGAUCGCCGGAGAUCUCAACUCCACCGCCUCUCUCUCAGACACACACACUGGUCUUUUUUGCAGAGUAUUUAAUAAGUUAGCUUAGAUGCCUGUUGCAAAAUUUUUGGGCACCAGUAGUUUAGAUGCAAUGAAAGUGGACGAAGGAGCUGAUUCAUUGGAUACAUUUAUCAGACAAUCAGUUGGAAAAGAACCCUUAUUUUCGCUCUCUAGGACGGGGGACAGUUCUAUGCAGUGGAUACAAUUUCUUCAUCAACUGGAUCAACAAGAUCUCUCUGGUUGGCCCUUGCUUGCUCCUACAAAAGUUCAGAUGCAGAAAUGUGAUAAAUGUGCUCGCGAUUUCUUUUCACCGAUUAACUACCGGAGACAUACACGGGUGCAUCGCCGGUCUCUGAACUUUUAUAAGGAUCCUCAGAAGUACCGUGAUUUACUAGGAGCAUUUUGGGAUAAGCUCUCAUAUGAGGAAGCUAAGGAAAUUAUGUCUUUUAAGGAUGUUAAUCUGGAGGAAGUUCCAGGCUCUUCCAUUGUUAAGAAUCUUUCAGCUACUUUGCGGAAAACACUUUUUCUAUCGCUUCCUCAAACUUACCUCAGAGCUGGCUCUGCUCUUGUGGAUAUUAUCCAAGGCAGACCUUCAAGGCUCACAAUUACUUCCCAGGAAUUGUUUAGCAUACUUGAUGAUGCCAGCGAGAGAACAUUUUUAUGUGCCGGAAGUGCCGAAUCAUUGCAAAAGUAUGUUUUUGAUGGGGAACCGGGGAAGAUUGCCCUUGAGAUGAAAAACUUAAUUGCUUGCACAAGUUUUCUUCUUGAACAGAAAUUGGUGAAGGCAUGCCUUGCAGACAAAGAUGCCGAAGCAUUAAGAUGCCAGAAGUUACUUUUUGAAGAGGAGGAAGCUGCCCAGAAAAGGCAAACUCAGCUGUUAGAAAGGAAACGACAAAGAAAGCUUCGGCAGAAGGAACAGAGAGUAAGGGAUCAGUUGAAGGUAGAUCUCUCUAAUGCUUCUACAGAAGCUUCUAGUCCUCAGUCGUCUGUUGAGGUUGAUUCUUCUAUUCCAGAUGAAAGCUGCAUGCCUCUUGAGACCAUUGAGCCAUCAAACAGUGAGAAUGACAUGGAUGUUGGAGCUCAUGGUGGGUCAACCGUUGAUCGUUCAGAUUAUGUCACUAGUCGGAAGAUCAAGCACCAAAAGGUUCACAAGAAUGGUCUUCAGCAUUAUGUGGCUCGAUGGCAGGUGCCAAAUUCGCAAAAAAGCAGACGAAACAACUUUCAAUUUGCUCACAAUUUUAAACGGGAACAAGCACACAAGCACAAGGAACAAAGGGCAGCUGUUGGUAGUGGUAGUAAAGUUUGGGCCAAGAAGCAUAAAUCCGAAUAUAGUGGUGGCGAGUUUGUAAAAACGAGAGUACAAAAUGACUCAAUUAAUCAAACUGAUCAGAACAACUGUGAGCUGAUGAUUGGUUCCAUAUCGGUGACAGUGAGAAAGUGUCCAGGUCAGCAGCAUAAGGUCAAUACUUUGGCUGAAGCUCAAGAAAGUUGCAACGCAUAUCAAUUGGCAGAGAGCAGCAGCAGAGGUGUAUUGGGAGGCAAUACAACACCAGAUAAAGAACCUGCCAAAACCUUACCUACCAUGAGUCCUCAUGAUUCAUGCGAGUUAAAUGGAAAUGAUAGUAAGGGAACAAGCAAUUUUCAUCCACAAAUGGAAGAUCGGGGUAAGCAGGAAGGAAUGCCACUCACUAUUCAUGCAGCUAAAGCUUUCCUCGCACAAAGAUGGAAAGAGGUAGCGUCACGGGAGCAUGUAAAGUUGGUUCUAUUAUCAUCUGAACCGCCUGCCCGGAGCACCCAUUAUUCAUCUGAACCUCAUGAGCAUGUCAUUCUCGUGAGUGCAGAAAAUUGAUUGGAAACAAUGGUGGUGUCUGGGUCUCAUACACAUCGAAAUGGACAUAUUAAACCUCAGUUUAGAACAAAACCCAUGAAGGGAAUGAAGACAGUAUAUUCUGAAACAAAGACCUGCUAAUUAGGCUGUAAUAAAGGAGAACACAAUAGAAACUUUUCAUCAACAGCUUUUUGCUAAGAGACAUGAGUAGAGUCUCUUUAAAGAUCCAUGUGUGUGAUCCUUUCAAAAGGAAAACAAAAGACUCCCCACAAUGUGCAGUUUUAUUUAUGGCUAGGGGUUCCAAUUUACCAGAGGAGUUGAGGAAAUUAAACAUCUUUUUUGCUAUUGGAUUUUGUUUUUCCUUAUAAAAUUAUGGUUUUUUUGAGUCAGUUUGAGAUUUUGUUUAGUAAGAGAGUCAAUGUAAGAGGCUCUUUUACUGCUGGAUCAUUCUUUGUAGAAAUAAUCCUCAAUAACCUCUAUUGCUUUGGAGAUUUCUUAUGAAGGCAGACAACCAUUACUGAGAAA